GACAGCAGCAAGUUGCAGCACGAAAUUUAAAUCAUUUAGCUAAUUUUAUCGUUCUCUGAAGCAAUGGUCUCAUAAAACAGGUUUAGAAAUUGUAUUGGUAUGAUGACAAAUUGACCUCAAUAACUUUCAAUUAAGAUCCAUCGCAAUGGCGGCCAGAGACCUUUCCAAAACGUUUGAUGAAUUUGAAUCUGAGGAUUUAAGUGGUUUUGAAACUUCAGUCCCUACAGAUCUCACUUUAUCACCUGACAGAACUGAUAGACAUGAAAGGAACAGAAAUUCAAAAAUUACAAAACAGCUUAUUGAGCGUAAGCAGUUAUCACAUGAUCUCCAGUUGGUACGGAUUGAAUUGUCGCAGAAAAAUCUUCAAGUGGAGAACAUGAAAGCUGAAUAUUUGCAAAGGGUUGAUGAUCUUGAUGAAAAGCUGAAUGAUGAGCGACAUCAAAAGCAGAUUUUGCAGGCUCGUCUUGAAUCACAGUUGACGAUACAACAAGAAGAGGCUCGACGACGGCAAGAGCUAAUAAAGCAAGAACUGGAUGAAGUUCGACAAAAACAAAGACAGCUUGAAGCUACAAAUGAAAGAUUGCAAGAGCGAGCUGGCAAUGUUAGGAGAACGCUACGGGAUUUGGACCUUACUGAGGAUAAAUUCUAUGAGCUGAGGACAACAACUGAAGAUGACUUGUCUCUGAGAGAUUAUGUUGCUAUGAGACUGUUUGAAAAAACAAAACCACUAGAGACAGAGGUUGAACAGCUAAGAAUGAAAGUUAAGAGUCUUGAGGAUACAGACAGGAGCCAGUCAAAACAGAUGCUUAAACUGCAAGAGGAGCUUGAGGAAGAACGUCAGUCGCAUGGUGAAAUACGAGUCAAGUACCAGAAGUUGGCGCUGGCCCAUGCUGACACAAAAAAUCAGGUGAAGACAGACAACUACAAGGUGGAGAACUAUGAUCGAAUCAAGGGAGAGCGGGAUAACCUUGAAAAAGAUGACUUAGAUGUUCACCGGCAGCUGUCAACACUUGAGGCCGCCCAUCAGAAUGUUUGCAAGGAGAGAGAUGAGCUGAGAAGAGAGCUCUCAGCAGCCAAGCAGUCCCUUACACUACUAAAACAAGACAAGGAUUACCUGACUCGACAGUCUGCCGAUGUCGCUAACAGGUUACAGUUUGCUGAAGAAAAAAUGGUGCAAAUUAACCUCCAGCUUGAUGACGCCAAACGAUCGCGAGAGGAUAUGUAUGAGAAAUAUGUAUCAUCAAGGGAGCAGUACAAGUCUGAAUAUGAGAACAAACUACGCGAUGAGCUAGAACAGAUCCGUGUACGAACGAACAGCGAGAUUGACCGUCUACGUACCAGCAGUAAGGAGAUGUAUGAACGAGAAAACAGGAAUCUCCGAGAGGCAAGGGACAUGUCAAUAUCAGAGAAGGAGAGGGCUCUAAUCACUGAGAGGGAAACCAACACUAAAUACGAACAGCUGCUUCAGGAGUGGCGCCAGCUACAAGUUAGUGGAGACAGCCGGGUUUCGGACCUUGCUAACGACCUGAAACUGAAGACAUUUGAACUAGAGAGAACUCAGCUGGUUUUGGAGGAGACAGUGAAAAAUCAGAAAGAAACACAGCUGGAGGUGGAAAAACUGACAAAGAAGGCUGAGGUAUUAACGAAAGAGUACUACGUUCAACAAACAGGCCUAGAGAAGAGAAUUGCAGAGUUAGAAUCGCAACUACAAGAAAAAGAAGGGCGGUUACAGACAUAUGAACGCAUGGAGAAGGAAUUGGAUGAUGUUGUCAUGCAAGCCGCGGAAGUUGACAAUGAGGAGGAGGCAGAAAAGGUGUUGUUCUCAUAUGGCUAUGGCGCCAAUGUUCCCAGUACCGCGAAACGCAGGCUGCAACAAAGUGUCCAUCUUGCCAGACGUGUGCUUCAAUUGGAGAAGAUCAACACAUCCCUGAAACAGGAAGUGAAUCGAGAGAAGAAAAAGAUUCUGCAAUUGGCUGAUGAGGUGAAGAGCACAAACUCGCUGUUAGAUCAGUCCCAGCAGCCGUACAACUACCUGAUAGAUAGUAUGCGUACACGGGACACACAGAUAUCCAAACAGAAGGACUACAUCUCUCAGUUGGAGGAGGAAAAUCAGCGACUUGGAGAAGAAAGGGGGGAAGCUGUAAAAGUGAAAAACCAGAUGGCUCUUGACCUUGAGAGACUGCUUAAUCAAAGGGAGGAGAUGUCCGUAAUGAAGCAGGUAGUCCUAAGCAUGUCUACACGUGUCCCUGGGGAAAAGAAAGCCCAACAUCGGGAACAUCUGAAGCCUAAGAGCGCCUCGAUGCACGUACCAAACAGAUCAUUUGAGACCUAUGAUGAACCAAACAUAUCCAAACCAGGGUCUAUCUCACUGACCAGAAGUUCUCCACCUAAAUGGGCCAAGAAAUUGAAGAACAAGAACAUGUCACAGUCAACGAACUACUCCAAAGUGUACGCCACCUCUACCUCCUAGACAUUGGACAUUUUCAAGAAUCUAUGCCAAUCGAGUCAGCACAAAUACAGCAUUUAUGAUUUUUAACAUGUCCGUUUCUCAGAAAAAAAGGUUCAGUUAUUGUCUUGGUGUCCUUAUUGUUUUCUCCCAGCAGGCGCUUCCGACAGAUGUGGCAGCUGAUUCAUGGAAUUCUUGCUAUAAUCAAGAGGUCUACACUUUGUCCAAUGCAAAUUUAUUUCGAUCAUUGGGUAAAUGUGAGACUGAAAUACAUGUUAUCUACAUUUUUAUUGUCAUCCAACUGCCAUUUUCCUUUUUACUUGAUUACUUAUAAUGAAUUGGUAUGUUAUAUUUGUACCUAAUAUUAUAGAAAUCUGCUACUGAUUUGAAUUUGAAAAGACUGUCAAGAUUAAAUUGUAUUGUGAAAUACAUGUACAUAUUACUAGAUUGAGAUUCUGUGAUAUUCAUUUAUUUUAGUUUUAAUGUUCUUCUGUACUUUAGUUGUGUAUGCUAAUAUGUCACAUUAACAAUUAAUUAUUGGGACUUAACACUGAUGUUACAGUGAUUGAAAUUAGCACAAGUCUGCAAGCCUUGUAGAUUGCUUUUGGGCUUGCUCAAAUUCUGGAAUUCAUUAAGCAGGACUUGUUAAUUUUUUUAUGCAAAACACUUUUGAAAAAAUUUGUACUUCUUUUAUUAUAUAGUCUAAUUUUAAUUUUAAGCAAUUUUAACUGAAAAAUGUAUAAAUUUUGACAUUCUCAUGAUUAUAAAUAGCAACCAAUCAGCAGGUAUACAAUGUUAUUGUUAUUUUGUCACGACUGUAACAACUUAUAAAAGCUAUGUGAUUGAUGAGAUCAAAAGAUUUUUGAAAAGGUUUAUAAUUAUGUCUUCCCAUUAUUUGUUUGAUAGUGCGACAUAGUAGCUUCCAUUAUAUCAAGUCAUAAUAUUAUAGGAGACAAUAAAGUUAAAGAAAUA